AUGGUGCGGGUGUGGGGCUACAUGGCGCAAUUCCUCGUCCCUGAGCAGCAGCGCGGUGGGAAGCUACAGCCGAAGGCCUGGUGGGGCCUUCACCUCGGCGUGUCGGAGGAGAGCAAAGGCUGGGAGCUCCUCGACAUCACCGCCAACCGGGUGGUCACCACGUCGGAUGUGGUGUUCUAUGAAACUCUGUCGCUGGAGGUGUGGAAGUCGGAACUCGGGCCAGCGUCGGGGCGGACGCGGGCCACCCCAUCGACGGACACCUCGACAGCGACGCUUCCUCUGCUCUCCGAGGUCAGUGAGCAGGUUGAUGAGGAUCCUGCGGUCGCCCCUGCCUCGCCAUUCCCUGCCCCUUCUUCCCGUCCCCUUCCCGUCGAACUGGGUGGCCUGACUUCGCCAGCCGCGCAGAAGCGGGCCGCGGAGGAGACUCCGGACGAGACCGCAGAGGAGAUCGCGGAGGAGACCGCAGAGGAGAUCGCGGAGGAGCCCGCGGCUAGCAGGCAGCUGACAGGGGAACAGGAAGCAGCUAAGCCGACCGCGGAGCAGUUGGCAGGGGAGCUGCUUUUGAACGGGAAGCGCGUUUCAGAGAAGCUGUCAAACGGGAUGCCCGUUUCAGAGAAGCCGUCGACAGGGGAGCCGUCGAACGCGGAGCUCGCUUUAGAGGAGCGGGCGACAAAGGAGCAGUUCGAUGAUGGCACAUCAAGCGACGUGAUGGAGGUGCAGCCCAGACCUCGGAAGUCGGGCCGAAUUCGGAGGCCACCCGACUUCUUCGUCUCCGUUGCCUUCACCACGGUGUAUGAUGUGGACGACGAUGACCUGGCGUACGAUGACGCCGAGGACGAUGAGGAGUUUUCGGAGCUCGACCCCGACAUGCACGCCGAUCCCGAGCACCGUUGGGACAUUGCGACGAUGACGGCGCUGGCGAGUUGGAAGGGUCCGGCGGUGAAGGCCGCCAUGGAGGAGGAGAUUCGCAGCCUCAUCAACAUGGGCACUUGGGAGCUGGUCGAACGCCCGCUGGGGGUGUAUGGCGCUGACUACGACGAGAGGUACGCGCCGGUGAGCAGCUACGUCACGUUGAGGAUUUUCCUCAGCAUCGUUGCCGUCCUCGACUUCAACCUGAUGCAGCUGGACAUGAAGAACGCCUUUUUGCAGAGCAAGCUCGACCGCGUGCUAUACAUGUACCAGGCGGACUACUUCAACGACGGGACCAGCCGAAUGUGCAAGCUGCUGAAGAGCCUCUACAGGCUGAAGCAAUCGCCGCUGCUGUGGUACAAGGCGCUUAAUGACGUAUUGGUGUUGGUCUACGUCGACGACCUCCUCGCCGCGAGCAGCAGCACCGCGAUGCUGAAGGAGCUGAAGGAGCUGCUGGAAGUUGCCUUCGAGCUACGCGAGAUUUCGCCGGUGCAACAGUACCUCGGCCUAGAGAUCGUGCGCGACAGGCCAGCGCGGAAGCUGUGGCUGCACCAGCAGGGCUACGCCGACAAGCUGCGCAGGCGCUUCAUUGACGAGGAGCAGACCGGGCGCACUCUGAAAACGCCGUUCGCGGCGACGACGACGAGGCCGGACAUUGAAUUUGCGUGCAGCAAGCUGGGGAGCGGCCUCACGGCGAGGAGCGACCAGCACUGGCGCGAGGUCGACCGCUGCCUCGCUUACCUCGACGACACGCGCGACACCGCCCUGGAGUUUGGUGGUGGUCCGGAGUCACUGGAGUUGGUCGGCUACGUGGACGCCGACAACGCCGGCGACAAGCAGAACCGGAUGAGCACGGGCGGCUACGUGUUCGUCUACGGAGGGGCCGCGGUCUCCUGGUCGAGUCAGCGCAUCAAGUGCGCGAUGCUGUCGUUGACCGAGUCGGAGUACGUGGCGGCCGUCAAAGCCGGCAAGGAGGGACGCCGCCUUCGCUUCCUCCUUGCAGAGUUCUGGCAACUGGAUGCAGGGAAGCCGACAGUCCUCCGGAUGGACAACAAGUCGGCCAUCACAGUCGCCGAGGGCAUGGGGUUGACGGGCAACCUCAAGCACAUGCAGCGGCGACAGGCCUGGCUGCAGCACAUGGUGAAGUGCGGGAAGUUCUCGCUGCAGUACAUCCCGACCACUAAGCAGCCAGCUGACAGCCUGACGAAGGCGCUGCACUAUCCAGCCUUCAACCGGUGCUCCGUCGCAAUCGGCCAUGUGCGGCUGGCCGACGUGGGCGACGGCGACAACGACGUGCAGCAGUAG